CCUGCAAAAAUGGUUCGACGUUGUGUGUUCGGUUGUCCUCCCCCUCAAACACUGUUCCCUUUCCCCAAAAACCCGUGGUUGCGAUCACAGUGGUUGAAUUUUACCCAUUUUGAGGAGUCGGGUAUUAGUGAGAGUUCGCAGUUGUGUGCAAGACAUUUCACCGAGGAUAACUUCGUAAAUAUCUCCCAGCACAAGAUGGGCUUCGCAGCACAUCUGUCACUAACGGAUACCGCAAUACCGUCGAUUUACACCGUUGGACAGCAGUCAUCAUCAACAAAACCAUCGACGAGGGAUGUAGGCUGUCAAUAUGAAGCGCCGAAAAUGAAAGUCGCCUCAACGCAAGUUGGCGUUUGCGCACCCAACAAGCCGAGAAGGCGGAGCAAAGCAAUCCAAGUAAGACCCCGGGGGACCUCUAUCUCCUGCUCGACAGAGGAUUUGGGCCUGUGUCCAAGUCCCCCAUUCGCGUCAAAUCCUGUGAAAAAGCCACGCUUCGAAUGUAGUCCAGCAUCUUCCCUCAGCCAGCUGGACGAUUCCAGGGACUCCACUUUUCCAGAGGCUUCUGUAAUGGCGGAUGGCAGUCACAGUAAUUUUCAACCCCCGUCCAACACUGCUAAGUACCUAGUCUAUGAAGACAACCUCAUGGACCUGUUCAAGGCAUGCCGUAUGUGCCUCCAGACCUGCACAAUAGAAAAGUAUGUGACGGGGACCUUUUUGUCAAUCAUUCAGACCUGCCAUCACUGCCUACAUAAGGGACAUUGGAACAGCCAGCCCUUCAUUGGCAAAAUUCCUGCUGACAAUUUGCAGUUGUCUUCUACAGUGGCUUUGAGUGGAGCCUCCUACUUCAACGCUCAUGAGCAAACGCCCCCCAGCCCAGACAGUGUUUUGACCUGCACAGUGAAGUGUGAACCUAGUGACGAGGAGGACUUUCAUGAGGAUAUUCAAGCGCCAUUGUCUCCACGAUAAGAUACACACAGCCGUUGGGCCUUUGCGCAAGGCCCUUAACCCUGCAUUGCUCCAGGGGAGGAUUGUCCCGUUUUGUCUAGUCAACUGUAAGUCACUUUGGUUAAAAGUGUCAGUUAUUUAUUUAUUAGGAUCUGUAAAUGUACAAUGUGUAAAUGUUCCCACGAUAAAAAACAAUUUGUACACAUGAUAUGGAGGGAGACUGGGAGAGGGAAAAAGCCGAAAAAUUGCUAAAUGCAAACUCCACACAGAAAGGCCCUUUGAUUUCUCUAAUUUUGUCAUACUAAACGAGAUCUAUUUCCUUGCUUUCCUCCUGUUUACAGACAAAACCGUCUACAUCCCCAUUCUCAUUGGACACAUGCUUUUCAGAUACAGCUCAGAAAGAAUAAUGGAACAUGCCCUGAAACGGCCCAAACUGUUUUUAGAAUAACAAAUGGAGAACAGACAGACUUGUUCAAGUUAACAAAAAGGUCAGAAAUGCUCAAGUUAUUUAUUUUUUAUUUUUUUACAACAGUGGUGUGCAGGAGGGCAAUUCUUAUUGCACAACAUGUUGAGCCUUGAAGUGAAUAGGCUACAGCAGCAGACAACGCCGGGAUCCACUUCUGUCAGCUGAGAAAUUUGACUUGAGGUGACAAUGGGCAUGUUAUCACCAAAACAUUGCCUCGUCUGACAAAUCUUGAUUUCUGCUGCAGCAUGCAGAUAACGGCAGGAAUCCAUGGAUCCGUCCUGCUUUGUAUCAAUGGUGCAGGCUGGUGGUGGUGGUGGUGGUGGUAUAAUAGUGUGGGGCAUGUUUUCUGGGCACACAUUAAACCGACUGAGUUGCAUUUUGUUUUAUUUAUAUUUCCAGGAAGGUAAUGCACCAUGACAGAAAACACACGUCAAGCUGGUUCUCCAUGAACAUGACAGUGACUUCAGUUUACUCCCAGUCCUCAAAUCUCAAUCCAGCACCUUUGGGAUGAGUUGGAAUAGGAGGUCAGCUGCAUAAAUGUGGCGCCAAACUAUUUGCAGGAACUGCGUGAUGUCAUCAAGUCAGCAUAGACCAAAAAAACCCCUAAGGUAUUUUUCCAGCACCUUAUUGAAUCCAGUAGUAUUCAGGUUGUGACUGGAGGUAAAACUGUACUACUUUGUACUAGAUAUGUGUACCUAAUAAAGUGGCUGGUGAGUGUACAUACAUAGCCUGUACGUGUAAACGUUACCUCUUAAACAUACUGUACGGUAAAUGUCCCCUCACUAUGUGAUUACACACUUUACCAUUAGAUGGCGACAAAGUUAAUGCGAUUGUUGACAGGUUAAAUAGUUAUUUGACCCUGGUAAAUGUCUUAGGGCCAGUUUCACAGACACAGAUUUAGUCAUAGACUAAAUGGAGAUUCUCCACACAAAACUCAAUUUGGUCCAGGACUAAGCUUAAUCUGUGUCUGUGAAACCGGCCUUUUAUGUCAUAAGGAACACGAUUAUACUUGCAGUACUGUUCCCCAGUCUCUACACAUGAGCACACAUGUGCUGGGGGCCUGAACUAAACAGCAGGGUAUUCAGCUUUGGCCCCCAAUCUAUUAGAGCAGGGGUGUCAAACUCCAGUCCUGGAGGGCUGCAGUGUCUGGUAUUUGUGGUUUCCUUUCAAUCAGCAGCCAAUUAAGACCUGAACAAGGUGUGUGGACUCUUUAGCCAAUGAAAGACUUUGAAAUGUAUCUCUUGUGCUGAAACACACCAAAAAAACAGCAGACACUGUGGCCCUCCAGGACUGGAGUUUGACACCCCUGCAUUAGAGGUUUGCUGUAUGUAUAGAUGCCGACUUAGUUUUUGUUGUAAAUACACUUUAAUUAUCAAAGGUCUGACACUGGAUUUAUCGUACACUGUUUUAUUGUAUAUUUUUAUUAUCAUUAACCAUGUAGGAACUAGGAAAUUGUAUUGCAAAUAAAAUAACAUUUCUAUUAUUUCAA